UGUUGUAUAAUAAUUUGUUUUUGAUAAAAUAGAUUAUUGAAAUAUACAUUUUGUAAAAAAAACCUUCUAAAAAAUAAUAAAGUCAUGGCGGAUACAGAGGAUAAUUCCAUAGCUGAGAAAGACAAUUCAAAGAUUUGUAUACUACUCAAUGCUACUGGCAAUGUUCCGAUAAUCAAAAAACGAAAAUGGACAGUAGAUCCUAACAAAACUGUAAGUUGGAUACAGAAGUUUAUACACCAAUAUCUAAAACUAGAUGCAAAUGAACAGAUCUUUCUUUAUGUUAAUCAGACCUUCGCUCCUGCACCGGAUCAAAUUAUAAAAAACCUCUACGAAUGUCAUGGAACUAAUGGGAAACUGGUUCUUUAUUAUUGCAAAAACCAAGCUUGGGGAUAAAUAAUGAAUACAAUAUAGAGGGACUAUCUGAGUAGUAUUAAGAUGUAUUAUGUGUAUACAAUCACUAUGAUUGUAAGUACUUAUAGGAACUUAUUUAAUAUGUUUAAGCAAAUUUUAUAUUAAUAAAAAAAAAUCGUUUAAGAGCA